AUGCAGGAAUCGACCGACGAACCAGGGUGGGCGCGUUGCCAGAGUAUGCGAACGCUGCAAAUGCUAGGCAGUGAUGGUCCUCGCUACGGUCACCAUGGUUUGCACUUCGCAGACAACGACACAAAUCGACUACUCCCGUCCAUAACGCGCAUCGGUGGCAUGCUAUACGAAAGACUGUUGAACGAAGAACACCCUUCCGGGUGUUGGCGCCGGACUACGAUGCAGCAGUAUCGGGAGCUCGAUAACGCUGGGGAAGUCGUCGUUGACGUUGGUCAGCUGAACGCAGACGAGCACACAGAGUGGGUGCUUUGCGGUUUCUGGUCACUUCCGCCGAAGCAUGAAAAGGCCAUAGUUCAACUGCGGAAUGUCGCGGAGGACAUAUACGCACUGCGUGAGUGGGACUUGCGCACUUGUACACCAGUGCCCCACCAGGAGUUCAGGCUCACAACAACUUCGCCAAGCGAAGUGGCUUGGCUCGAGGAGAAUGGAGUUCUGCUCAUGUCGGCCUUGAAUGGAGGUGACAAUCGAACCCAGGCAGGGGAGGCAGGCACUGUACGGCUCUGGAUGCGUGGAACCCUAGCUGAAUGUGCGCCAGUCUUGUUCGUCGUGGCACCAGACCAUAUCUUGGCGAAAGCAUUUCGUGACUGGGGAGCGGAGGAUGAAGCGGUGGUGUACGUCGAUGUCGAAACCCCCUUGACAAACGUCAUCUACUUGGGUCGACGAGAGGGACCCUACGUCAGCCUGCCCAUCCCAAAGACUUCCCUGUGGGUGAUCCGUGGAGAACAAUUGGCAAUCCUGCUCAAAGAAGACUGGUCGCUUAAUGGGGGCAACUACGAGGCCGGGACAAUCGUGGGGGUGUCGGUAGGGCAACUGUUCGCGGAGAACACUAAGCCAGUUCAGCUUUGCGAUUCAAGCGGUUUCCAAGAAGCCUUUCUGGACCAGACUCAUCUGGUGAUCUUAUUCCGUCACAACCUCCGAUAUUUCAUUCGCAUGUUCAAGCCCGCCAACGGAUGGUUAGAAGUGGCUGCGCAGCCUCUACCUGCAGGCGAGGUGAUGUCAAUUGCGACGUUGGACGAUUACGCCGGUGAGACAGACAGUACGCUUCUGUUGACUUCGCAAGGCCCGCUCACGCCUCCAGCGUUUUGGACGAGUAGCGGUCCUGAUGGCAAAUUUGAAUUGUUGCGCCAGGCGCCGACGACCUUCAACACUGUCGGGUACAGUCUUACCGAUCACCACACGGGAAAUCUCAAGGGUGAAUCGAUCCCAUACAUUAUGGUAGGCCCUCCGGGGACAACAGCCGAGCAGCCUGUAUGUCUUAUCUUCUGCGGCCCCGACAUGAUCCCAGGCUACAAUACGAUUCUUGGCCAGCGGUGGCUCGAACCUGGCGGUGCCAUCAUCUUCGUACCGAGUGACUACUCGGACACCGUCUCGUCCGUCACAGAUGCAACCUGCAUCGUUACGGACCUCGUCACAAACGACGUGACCGUCCCAAGACGCAUCGCAAUAUUGGGUGCGUUCGAGCACGGCGCAGCUUUGAUAGAGAUUUAUCCCGUCUCUGAAGGCAUCUUCGCAGCGUUCGGCUCGUACAAUCCUCGUUGGAGCAGCGAGGUAGCCUUUCGAUCAGCUGGUCGCCUUAUUCAGGGACACAAAGGCGCACAGCAACAUGGUCUUCUGAUAGGCUGCAAUAGCUUGAGCGACCCAUUCGACACUCGCAAGGCGAGGCGGCUUGGUGAGACGCUGCAGAGGUUUGACUAUAGGGUCAACUACUAUGAGUCAGGGAUGGAUGGAUCUGGCAGCCUUGAAGAUCCAGCUUUUUUGCUCGCCCUUCAACUAGAAUUCUUCAGACAAAAGAUUGGCUGGAUCCGAGAGACAGUGCCAGCAUUGCCAAAUGUAUUCACGUAG